GUCAAUUCUAAUUCUAUAUUGCGUUUAUCAAAGUUUCCAUCAGAGAGGAGUAAAAUCACUUUAUUACAAUAAGGAAACAUAAAGUUUUUACCGUCUGAAAUAAGCUUGUUCCAACAGAGAAUAAGAGUCAAUAAGUCACAAAUAUAUGUAUAAUAUGCGUUUUCUACUAUCAUUACUAGUUAUAUUACAUGUCAUAAGCUGUAGUAUAGCAUGGCGCAAUUUCAUGAGAGGUCGAAAUAGAAAUGGCAAUUUAGGAGAGCCUGUUUUGUCAGAUAAAAACUAUAAUCUUCCCAAGGAACAAUGGUUCACACAGCUUUUUGAUCAUUUUAACCCAACAGAUAUGCGUGUUUGGAAACAGAGAUACUUUGUCAAUUCUGACUAUUAUAAACUUAAUGGGCCUAUAUUCUUAAUGAUUGGAGCUGAAGGUGAAAUAAAGCCCAAGUGGCUUGUAGAAGGUUUAUGGAUUGAAUAUGCCAAAGAGCUUGGUGCAAUGUGUUUUUAUGUGGAGCAUCGUUAUUAUGGAAAAAGUCAUCCUACUGUAGAUCUGAGUGUAAAAAACUUGAUGUAUCUGAGUUCAGAACUAGCUCUAGCAGACUUGGCGUAUUUCAUCGAAAGUGUUAAUAUUGGGUACAAAUUUCCAAAUGAUACAAAAUGGAUUGUAUUUGGAGGAUCAUAUGGUGGUUCUCUGGCUGCUUGGAUGCGUGUUAAGUAUCCUCACUUGGUGCAUGGUGCGGUAUCCGCAAGUGGACCGUUGUUGGCACUAAUCGAUUUUCAAGAGUACUACGUCGUUGUGGAGGAUGCUCUGAAGCAACAUUCUCAACAAUGUGUUGACACAGUAGCAGACGCCAAUAAGGAAUUCCAUAUAAUGCUGCAUCACCUCAUUGGUCAAAAACAAAUAGAGGAGAAGUUUAGAUUAUGUGACCCGAUUGAUCCUGGACAUACCAAGACAAUUGAUAUUUCCAAUUUAUACGAAUCAUUAGCAAGCAACUUUGCUGACAUCGUGCAGUACAACAAGGACAAUCGUCAAGAAUCUAAAACUGCUAACAUCACUGUCGAUAUGAUAUGCGACGUAUUAACAAAUGAUAAACUAGGUAGACCGGUUGAUAGACUCGCUUACAUAAACAGCAUGAUAUUAAACGCUACCAAGGAAAAGUGUUUGGAUUAUAGAUACGACAAUAUGAUUCAUUCACUUCGAAAUAUCACUUGGGCGAGUGAACAAGCGGAAGGAGGACGUCAAUGGAUGUAUCAGACUUGCACAGAGUUCGGAUUCUUCCAGACCUCAACCGCACGGCCUAAGCUGUUCAGUGAAACUUUUCCGGUGGACUUCUAUGUACAGCAGUGCGUCGAUAUCUUUGGACCUAGAUACAACUUGGAUAUGUUGAAAUCCGCUGUUACUCGAACGAAUAUUCUGUACGGUGCAUUAAAUCUGCAAGUGACGAAUGUAGUACAUGUGCACGGCUCUGUGGAUCCUUGGCACGUGCUGGGUAUCACGAAAUCUUCCAAUCCGCAAGCACCAGCCAUCUACAUCGACGGUACUGCACAUUGCGCGAUUCUGUAUCCUUCAUCAGAAAAGGAUCCACCUCAGUUAAAGCAGGCUAGAAUAGUAGUAAAGGGCCUGAUCAAACAAUGGCUGGAUAAUUGAAGUCUUCUCUCAAUAUAAUGUAAUAUGUUAACUAUAAAGAAAAAUAUGCAACAUGAAUGAUUCGUUGUUAAGAAAAGAGUAUACGAAUUAUUAAUAUCGCUAUGAAUACUUUUAAACAGACUGUAUUUUGGAAUUCUUUUUCGUUAUAGCGCAGGAUAAAUGAUAUCGACAUGUUUGUAUAAAUACGUUUCCUAGAUUUAUAUAAUGUAAAAAUUACAUCUAACAUUAUAUGUAUAUGUAACGAUCUAUAUUUACGAAUGCGCUAGCAUUUAUUAUCAUGUACCAUGUUUGAAUGACAAAAUUGCUCGUUCGACGGUGAUCAAACAAGUUUGCCCUAAAUGGCACUAUCAUAAAUUUACCGCGACAAGUAGAGUUUAAAAAAUGCAUGUACAACAUUAGAUCGCGUAGGAUUAUUUCAGUCGAUAAAUAAACGUUAACGUUGUUGCAAAAGAAAA